AUGUUCAAUCGUCAUCGCAUUUGUGACGUGAAACCACAAAAAGAAUAUGAUCUCUCGAGGUCAUUUAUGAGAAUCGAUAUUUCAAGAGAUCAUUCAGGAGAUGAACCACAAGAAGGUGAAACCGAAGACGAUGAAAUCCCAUGUAAACGACGAAAUCAGGAAGCCAAAUCAGAAUCACCAAUUACUCAGCCAUCAUCCACGCCUGCACUCUACAAUUCGACAACCGAAUCGGAUUGUGAAACUCUCUCAAAUUCCAUUGUCGAAUCCCGUCCUGCGAGUGAAUGGAAUGAUCCGGAGAAACCGGGUUCAAGUCGACUCCCGUGGAUGGAUUUGGUUGAUGACAUCUAUUUGGAGGUGAAAGCGUUGAAAGAUCUCGAUUCAAAUCAUUUGUCAUUUCCACAAUUCGCUGAUGCAUUUAUGUUAAGAACGAUCAUCAAGAAAGCCAGGAUGAUUUACAAGAUUUACAAGGCCGUCUUUCACGAUCAAACACCAGAAAUCGUUCGAGAACCACUUCCAGUGAGUGUUAAUAACUCUCAAAACCGAAAACAAGUUGUAGUGAGUACUUCACCGAGUAUCUCUAGCCUUUCACAAACAACUGAUAUUCAUGGAUCGUUUCAAGCAAAUCAAUCUGAUCGAAAAGCAGUUCAUCUCAUUGUUGGAUUCAUUCUUGUACUUGCUCUCGGAGCUGUCACCAUAUCCGGAUACUCAAUAAUUCAUCAAUUCGAACAAUCCGAGUUGCCCUAUGUGGAGAAACCAUAUCCGGAUGUUCAUCCUCAAACUUAUAAUGAGAGUAGAAGUCUGGAGGCUUUACAAGAGAUGAAUGCCGAAAGAAUAGCUGGCACUUGUGCAAAGAGUUGGCACUACGAUGUGAAACAUCAAAUGUGUUAUAAGAAAAUCUACAACGUCGCUUAUGAUGAUGCGUUGCGGAGAUGCGCUCGAAUGGGAGCACACAUUGUUAAGAUUGACAAUCAGCAGAAGAAUUCGAUUAUUAGAGAGUUCACAAGUUCCGGAUUCCCGAAUGAUCUCAAAUCGGGAAACGUGUUGCUUGGAGCCAGGAAAAAGAGAACCGACUUUGUUUGGGAUGAUGGUAGUCAAUUUUCCUAUCAUCGAUGGGCGGAGAAUGAGCCGAAUAAUCGAUUGGGAGUUGAGGCGUGCAUAGCGAUGUACAGUGAUCCAAUAAUCGGUUUGGAAAGUUUGAGCGAUGAUUAUAUUUCUCGAUGGAAUGAUGUCCCUUGUGAUCAAACACAACGAAUUACUGUUUGCGAAAAAAGGGCACAGAUUCAAAAU